GUAGGAGAUGUGACCACUUUGCACUCUCUCGGAGAUCCCGACAUAUCGCGACACGCGACACGCUUGACCGACGAUACCUCUGACAUCGAACUGAACCUCUGUGACUGUGAGAUAUAUUGAAACGAAGGGCAGUGCGUGUUGUGUGUGUUGGGGUUUUUUAAGAAUCGCGAAAUGGUUUUCUACUUUAAAACUGAAGGUUAUGUCAUCUAUGUUGGACUGGACAAAUAUGAAAAUGAAGAAUUGUUGAAGUAUGGAUUCCCUGAAGACAUAUGGUUCCAUGUUGAUAAGCAUUCCUCAGCUCACGUGUACCUGAGACUACCAAAAGGUGAACACAUCCAAACAAUCCCAGCUACUGUAUUAGAGGAUUGUGCUCAGCUGGUAAAGGCUAACAGCAUUACAGGUAAUAAAACAAAUAACAUCAAUGUUGUAUACACACCAUGGAGCAACCUCAAGAAAACAGGGGACAUGGAUGUCGGCCAAGUAGGAUUCCACAAACACAGGGAGGUACUGAAUGUCAAAGUUGAUAAGAGAAUCAAUGAGAUAGUAAAUAGGCUGAACAAGACAAAAGAAGAAAGGAUGCCAGACCUACAGGCAGAGCGGGAAGAGAGGGACAGGGCAGAGCGAGAAGCAGCCAAGAAAGUCGCAAGAGAAAAGAAAGAGAAUGAAAGGGAGGAAGCCCAGAGGAGGCGGAAAGAAGCAGAGGAAAAGAGUUAUUCUUCCUUGAUGUCAACAGACAACAUGACAUCUAAUGCUGAUAUGGAUUCAGAUGCGUCGGAUGACUUUAUGUAGACAAUGUAGUCCCAUCUUAAAAAGAGCUUGAGAAAAGACUGACAAGAUGGUACUGUUUAGCUCUUCUCAAGAUCUUCAGACUUUCUCCCUUCACUGAUGUAUGAAGAACUAACAAAACAUACUGAUUAUGUUUUUGUGGUUUAGAAAAGAUACCAUAUUUAUCUAUGUUAAGAGAACUUUGGCCCACAAAGCUUGGAAAGAUGAUGUUUAUUGUCAGACUUUUGAUUGCAUGGUUUGGAAUGCCGACUGGAAUCUUCAAGGAAAUUUGCCCUUGCCUGGAAUGUCGGUCUCUGAAGGGUGUUGGAAAAUUAUCAUUAUUUUUAUAGAAAAUCAACUGCAUCAUUAUGUGAAUAUCCCAUUAACUAAAAUCUCUUCAUUCUACUCACUGGUUUCACUGUGACUCUUAUCAGUUGCUAUCAGUGAAGUAGUUGUAAUAUCCAUGGAACCCACUUCCCUAAAGCCAGUGAUCCUGACCCACAAGCCUACUGCUGUUGUCAAAUAUCAACCAAAAUGCUAAAAAGCAGAGAGAAAGUCCACUGUUUCUUAUUCGAUUACUCAUGAUAUAUUUGAUAGAUUUUUAUGAUUCAAAGUCGUUUUCUUAGUAACAUUUAACACUGUUGUCCAAUAUUUCACAUGAUAAUAAACAAGCACCUGUAAAACUUUGUAGAUAAAUUGUGUCAUUAAACUCUCAUGCAAUGACACCCUAAACCACAUGUCUACGCCUCAUAAACUUUUGAUCAGAUAAGAAAGAUCACGUUGAGAACUGCUUAUUUUCACGGUGAGUACCAACCCGAGUUUGUCUUAAAUAAACUUUGGUCUGCUUUUAAUGGGUGAUUCACGUAAGGAUAACCAAGUAGACUUGUUGCUAAAUGAAAAUCAUCAUGGAGAUACAUGUAUAUUCUUGUCUAAGCUGUCUUCAUACGUUUAGUUAUAUGAUUCUGGUAACACCUUCCGGAAAGGAAAGGGCAAGCUCCAAUUGAAUAAAACAAGCUAAAACUAAACAGUUUGAAGUUGAACUAAGAAAAGUUGAUUUGAGCGGGAUUUGAACCAAGGACCUGCAGAUUAGUGCGCCAGCACUCUACCAACCAAGCUGUCUAGUAGCUCUAUGUUAGGGUCUCCCUAUUUUAUCAAUAUCCUUGUUUAGGGGUGCCAGUCAGAAGCCAUACAACCUUUAAGCGCUGAAAUAAAGAGACCACCAGCAAAGGGCUAGAUAGCUCAGUUGGUAGAGCGCCAGCACGUUAAAGGCACUGUACACGUUUGGUAAUUGUCAAAGA